ACAUGAAGACUUGAAAUAUUACAACUAAGACAAACUCACAAACAAGAAAAUCCUCAUAGUAUUUAUAUCUUUAACAACCCGAUAAUUAGUCUGCAAAUGAACCUGCGUCGACAUUUGGCGCUAACAUGCAGAACAUUGUGAGUGGAUUUAACGCAUCUCCAGUGGAAAGAGAAAGCUGAGUAUGUGGUGGAUACAGAAGCGCUCGGGGGAGACCGCUUUGUAAACAGAAGAGGAAAAAGAGGAGGGAAAAGUAGAAAAAAAACGGACUAAAGGGACUGCUUUCAUUCGGGCUUAUAAAUGGAGCUGCGUAAAAACCUGUUGUGCCUGGAGUUUAUUCUCCUUCUGAAAGGGUUGUGUCAAUGUUUCAACAUAGAUGUGAAACAUCCUCGCGUCUUCACCGGCCCAGAGGACGCCCAAUUUGGCUUCUCUGUCCUACAGCAUGAAGCAGAUGGAGAGAAAUCGAUGCUGGUUGGAGCCCCGUGGGAUGGGCCGCCCAACAACAGGAAAGGAGACGUGUAUAAAUGUGUUGUUGGGGAGGAGAAAAACUCAAACUGUAGUAAAGUAAACCUUGGUGAAACUGCUCUACGUAAUGUUUCUAAAAAUCUGAGGAACUCUCACCUGGGAAUGACCCUCACACCGGACUCACCUGAUGGAUUUUUGGCGUGUGCCCCUCUGUGGUCGCAGGAGUGUGGGACGUCGAUGUUCAGCACUGGCAUCUGCGCCUCUGUUGGCGAUGACCUGGAACCGAGAGGCACCAUCGCGCCAACAGAGCAAAAGUGUCAGACCUUCAUGGACAUCGUGAUCGUUGUGGACGGCUCGAACAGCAUCUAUCCCUGGUAUGAAGUCCAGAACUUCCUCAGCAACAUUCUCAGCAAGUUCCACAUCAGCUCGGACCAGAUGCAGGUUGGUAUACUGCAGUAUGCAGAGGUAGCAGUCCAUGAGUGGUCUCUGAAAGACUACCAGACCACACAGGAGGUGGUGGAGGCCGCCAAGAACAUCAGCCGACAGGAGGGACGAGAGACACGCACUGCAUAUGCCAUCCAAAUGGCCUGCACAGAGGCGUUCAGCGCUGAGCGUGGAGCCAGGGAAGGCGCCACCAAGGUGAUGAUUGUGGUCACAGACGGGGAGUCGCACGACGGGGACGAGCUGCCAGACGCUCUGGAGGAAUGCGAAAGCAGAAACAUCACCAGAUACGCCAUCGCUGUUCUGGGGUAUUAUAUCCGCAAACAGCAGGAUCCAGAGACCUUCAUUAAUGAGAUCAAAUACAUCGCCAGCGACCCAGAUGACGAGUACUUUUUCAACGUGACCGAUGAAGCUGCGCUGAAUGACAUUGUGGACGCUCUCGGAGAUCGGAUUUUCACUCUUGAAGGUACCUUGGGCUACAAUCAAAGCACGUUCCACAUGGAGAUGUCUCAGAUCGGUUUCUCAACGCACACACUGGAUGAUGGCAUUCUGUUUGGGAUUGUGGGCGCCUACGACUGGGAUGGAGGGGUCCUGAAGGAAGGGACCAACGGAGUAAUUAUCCCCCCCAGAGAAGCCUUUGAAAGUGAAUUUCCAUUGGAGCUCAAAAAUCAUGCUGCUUAUUUAGGGUACACUGUGUCAUCUGUGGUUGUUGGUGACUGGAGGAGGCUGUAUGUGGCUGGGGCUCCUCGAUUUAAACACAAAGGCAAAGUCAUUCUAUUUGAACUCCAUGAAAACGGCUAUGUUGACAUCGUGCAGGCUUUGAAUGGAGAACAGAUUGGAUCUUACUAUGGCAGUGAACUGUGCGGGCUGGAUAUCGAUAAAGAUGGCAUCACUGACGUCCUUUUGGUCGCUGCUCCCAUGUAUCUUGGCUCAGGAAACAAGGAAGCUGGAAAAGUCUACAUCUACACUCUCAAUGGGGAGGGAAAAUUUAUAUCUAAUGGGACUCUGAAAUCCGACAAUAAGUCUCAGGAUGCCAGGUUUGGUUAUGCACUGGCGGCUGCUCCUGAUCUGAACCAUGAUGGCUUCACUGACCUGGUGGUGGGAGCGCCGCUGGAGGAUGAGCACAGAGGGGCCAUCUAUGUUUACCAUGGAUAUGAUAUUUACAUCAUCCAUGACUGCAAACAGCAUAUAUUAGGGUCGUCCCUCUCCCCCUCUCUGCAGUAUUUUGGCCGCAGUGUAAGUGCACGGUUGGACUUGGACGGUGAUGAGCUGAUAGAUUUGGCAGUGGGAGCUCAGGGCAGAGCCGUGCUGCUCAGCUCCAGAAGCAUCGUCCAGAUCAAUGUGAGUUUGUCCUUCCAGCCGCACUCCAUUAACGUCAUUCAGAAGACGUGUCAGAGGGGCGGCAGAGAGUCGGCAUGCCUCAACGCCACAGCCUGCUUCACGGCCGUUUCACGCUCACCUGGACCACACAGCAAUGCUUUUGAUCUUUGGGUGUCAGCCAUGUUGGAUGACAGGAAGUUUUCAGCGCGAGCUCUGUUCGAUGAAAGCUCCCACAGACAGAUGCAGCUUCCAGUGCGAGUGCAAACAAGAAAAACUCUCUGCUACAAGCUGCCUUUCCAUGUAUACGAUACAGCAGAUUAUAUUCGCCCAAUCAGCUUCUCACUGCGGUUUAAGAUCAACGACACAGAGACGGGUCCGGUGUUGGAUGAAGGCUGGCCAACAAGCGUCAAGAAAUUUAUACCAUUUUUCAAAGACUGUGGCGAAGAUGACGUUUGCACAACAGAUCUGGUCUUGCAGGCACACCUGGACAUCUCUGGUACAAGGCAGAAACCUUAUGUGAUUCGCAGCCCUCGUAGGCGUCUGUCGGUGGAAGUGCAGCUCCAGAACAGGCUGGAAAAUGCCUACAACACUAGCCUGAAGCUGCACUACUCACGCAACCUCCACUUCUCCAGCAUCAGCAUCAAAGAGAAUGCCAACUUCAAGAUAGAGUGUACCGCUCUAGGCUCAAACAGCCACUCGUGUAACGUCAGCUACCCAGUGUUUCGCUCUCAUUCAAAGGUGAAUUUUAUGUUGGAGUUUGAAUUCAGCUGCACCUCUUUGCACAAUCGGUUACAAAUGAAGCUCAAUGCUACCAGUGACAGCAGUGAGAGAGAGGGAACUCUGGGGGACAACAGUGUUCAGCUGCAGACUUUCGUACAAUAUGAGCCAGAUCUCUUUGUUAGCAGUGAGUCUAACCUGAACCGCUACGAGGUCCAUCCCACACGGACAGCAUCAGAAGCCAUGGGUCCAGAGUUCUACACGUACAUCAGGCUACUGAAUAUCGGCUGUUACUCUGUGAGUAAUCUGGAGCUGCGUGUGCUUUUGCCCUCUGUGGCAGCAGAAGACGCCGUCUUCAUGACUGUAACGGAUGUCUUCACAUACAACGCCACAGGAAUGAAGUGCGGAGUGCUGAGUGAUGUAACCCAGUUGAAGUCCAGACAGAAAGACGUUCGUCCCCUUCAUCCUGAGGACAUGAUGCAUGAUGAAAUACUGAACUGCAGCCGGUCGUGGUGCACAGAGGUUGUCUGUGAGGUGCGACAGCUCGGUCAGCAGGCGGUUAUUCGAAUCAGCCGCAGAGUUCAUGAUGACUUUUUCAGAAAAGUCAAAUAUAAGUCAGUGAGGAUAAUUAGCGCCUACAGUCUCUCAGCUCAGGAGAAUAACCUCAUCACUCUGGGAGCAGGAACAGUCCAGGGGGAGACUGUCCUAGAAGUGCUGAAGGGCCGAGCUAUUCCUAUCUCCCUCUGGAUUUUGAUCGGCAGCAUCAUAGGCGGUUUGCUGCUAUUAGCACUGAUUAUAUUCAUACUGUGGAAGCUUGGAUUCUUCGCACGGAAACAUAGAGAGGAUGAAAACCACGAGGACUGAGACAGAGUUUACAAAGCAGACGACCAGACCAGUUGCCUUCGAACAGGCAACAUGAUGAAGUUCAACUUGAAGUGUUCAACAUGAAUCUCCAGGACCAAAGUCAGUGUCACCAGGGUCCGACAGAAAUGCACUGCCCAAGAUUUUCAGGGUCAGUAGGGGCAAUUAUGUAAAUUUUCUUUUUUUUUUUUAAGCAAAAUGUAUCAAAC